AACGUGCGUGAGGGGACAAAAAUGGACUGGCACAUUCAGCGAGUAAAAAGGGGUCGAUGUAAGUCUGAACAUAAUGAAAGUACUGUAAUUCACUUAAUAAUUGUCGGAUCAAUUCUAUCCUCACAACAUAUAGGAAGACAAUCUAAAUGACCUAUAUAACUAAAGUCAUACUGCAAAUAAGGUUGCUUGAAAGUUGGUGGGGAUAAUUUCAGCAUCCUGAAAAGUUGGUAGUGUUAUGUCCCCACCGUCCCAAUGCAAACCUACGCCCUUGGUCAGUCUUUUUAAUGUAUUCUUCACAAAAAGUAGUUGUCGUGGUUCAAAUGAAAACGGAGUGUGUGACCUGAGAUUGUUUUUCCUGCUACUUCCACUGUCCGCACAACAACAUCAACCAAUUAAAUCAGUGGGCGUUCCACCACUUGCAAUGUUUCGCGCUCUCAUUACGUUCUUGACCUGUCAUUCAAACUAUCAGCCUUCUGAUUGGCUCUAUGUUCGACGCUCGAUUUGUACGUUUCAAGAGCGACCCAUUCGUUGCACCGGGUUAAUGUUGAAAGGUGACACGAGUCUACGACAGUUAGAUAAUUGGAAUCGUAUUUUGCCUUAGUAAAUAUAUAAGCAACCUUUUUCAUUUGCUGUUAAAUCAUGAUAACGGCGUGUCAUGUUGCGUUGAGGAGUCUAGGUUUUGACUGACAGUGUCUACUUGUUAAAACAAGCUAAAAUGAACACUCUGGUGGCCAAAUUAAAUCACAGAUGGACUACUUCACUUUUGAAACAAUCUCGGGAAACAACAACCAUGGCUUUCAAGGUCCAGCUCUCCACAAUUCCCCCUAAACCUGUCAUCCCCUCCAAGAAGCCUUUCAAAGUGGACCUUAUUGGUGGAAAGCGUUACGCUUGGUGCACAUGCGGGCACAGCAAGAAACAGCCGUUCUGUGAUGGAGCACACAAGAACAAAGCCCAGGGUCUUUCACCAUUACGUUUCGUCCCAGAGAAAGACGCAACAGUUUGGCUGUGUGGUUGCAAAUACACUAACAACCCUCCAUACUGUGAUGGCACACACAAGCAGGACUUCAUCACAUCUGCCCCACUGCAUGAAGACAACUGAUAGUGGCAGUGUUUCUUGCUUCCUCAGGGGCUGUUUGGCUGAAUUUUCAAGCAAACUUCACUGGAAAUUUUGAAGAAUAUCACCUCUUGCUGUAAAGAAAAAAUAUACUGUAUGCACGGUUGGAUAUAAUUAUAUAAUUACGCUCAGAUGCAGAAGUGAUUGGACCCUACACUCGUCCAUCAGUGGGUCAAAAAUUACCAAUAUUAGAAUCAAUGUGUUUUUAUGGCAUUUUGGUGAAAUAUAAUCACUUGUAUCAUAUUCAGUAUUAUAUUUAGAGCCACGCAAGAAUUAUUUCAGGUUUGAAAUACCUAUAUUUUUCACUUAACAUUUUUGAAAAAAAGAUCUACCCAGAACAGCAAUAGACUGUAUCUCCUCUUGUAUUAUAUCAUCAGUAAUGAAGAGCUCCCAUGCAUGUUUUUGGUGAGACAGUGGUGCUAAGCCCUUGUGCAAGCCCUGACUGACUUCUAAAGAUAUUUUGGCUCUGUGGGCGGUAACUUGCUCCAGUAAGAGCCAUACCAACACAUUCUGUUGGCCAUGAUUUGGAAACUUUCUUCUUCAGAGGACCCAUAAGUGGAAUCUUAUGAGUCAGAUUAAUCCUGUUCAGUUGGGUUUCCAGGUGGAUGACUGCAACCUUGACAAUAGUCCGGGUCCUCAUCAUCAGAAAUUUCGGACUUGAGUCCAACCCAGUUACUGCCUUUCCAUCAUCCAGCAUCUGUAAGGCCAUUUCAGCUGCGCAUCUAGCAGCCAUGACACCUUGGAAAAGGAAAAAUAACAGGAAUGUUUUCAACAAUAGAUUAGUAUGUACAGUAGCUAUAUAACUAAAUACACACAUAGCAUAUACAGUAAUGUUGGCUAACUUCGCAAGUUAUGAAUUAAGCUAAUUUGUUGAUAAUGAAUAAAAUUAGUCAUUGAAGACACUAGAGAAAGACCAAUUAUCGGCUGGGCUGAUUAUCGGUGCCGAUAUUUGGAAAUUUAACGUUUAUACUGUAGAUAUCGGCAUUUUUCUUAAUCUGACAGGCAGAUAUGAAAAAAAUCAAUUUAAAACUGGGUUAUGACGGAAAACACAAGGCUGAAAAAGCAGUUUCUGCUCUUGCACCCCUCUUUAAAAUAAACUGCUGUAUUUUAAGCCAAAAGAACUGUUGUGUUUAAUAGAACAAUAUGUCUCUAUGUCAACAUGCUGCCAUGGCAGAUUCAUAGCGCAUUAAGUCCGAAACUAGUUUUAAUUUGUCUGUUUUACCCUGGAAACCCCCAUUUACAGAUGUCGCGCAACCACUUUUGUUUCAACCUAGCCAUAAAAAGAAGGUAUGUAAUCGUAUUUAUUAUUUGAAAUGUAUGUCAUUUUUUGCUUAGAAUCAUUGAUGUCUAAAAUUUAAAAGAAAAAAAAAAAACUGAAAAAUUAUUCACUCGCAUAUUUGAAUCUUUUCAACAAAUUACAUCACAAUGAAAAAAUUAGCGUUUCUAAAUAAAUCAUGGAUAUCUACCUCAUAACCAUCGGUUAAUUGUGUUUUUUUUUUUUUUCCGUUACUGUCGCAUUUUCCCCAAUAUUUUAGACGAUAAAUAAUCGAUCCAAACAAAGAAAAAUUGGAGGGAAAAAAAGGGUAAAUAUAUGAAAAUGAAAAUCUCGACCACUCCGUGAUGUCUGCAAUUUCUGCAUCGCGUCCCUUGUUAUAUUACCAUGUUUCACCCAUAAAAUCCCCCCAAAAUCUGGCUGUAGCCAUUCACAGCUGUGUCUUGACACUCGGUGAUACAUGCUACAUGGAGUUUUUGGACCGAAAAGAGGUAAAUACGCGAUAUCUCGUUAAAAUCGUCUAUACCAUGCUCUCGCGUGCUCUCACCUCGAGUUAGGGUUUAGGGGUUUAAUUUUUUUUUUUUAAUGCCCUCCUGUUCAAAAAUUUUCUUCCCCUAGAAAAUUGAGAUUUUAAGCUUUCCAAUGAUGUACCACACAUGCAUGUGGGACAAUUUUGAAAUUUGGCCAAAUUAGGGGUCUCAGAGCGGAACUUCAAGUCACCUGAGUGUUUUCCGCCUAAUAUAUUUGUUAUUUAUAUGAUUAGUGUGUCCAUUAGUCCAGUUUUUUUUUUUAUUUGUGGUUCUAUAUUUUCAGUGGAAAAAAUUCAGAGAGCUAUUUAUUUAACAUUUUAUUUAAAUUUAUAAGAUUUUUUCAGAGUCUAGGAAAUUCAGGCACUUCUGGAGCUAUUAUUUUCUAUUUAUGUGAUUCAAUAAACAUGCUUUAGGCAAUCCAAUGAAGUUCGGUGUUUGCAUUAUUCAAUUUUUUUACAGGAAUUCUUACACUUUUACUGCAAAUUAAUAUUGGCUCCAAAAAUGUUUUCUGACCCUUGAACUACUAAUAAUCGGUAUCGGUCUUGAAAAAAACAUAUCGGUCGAUUUUUAAAAGACAUCUAAAUAUAAUAUGAAGAUAAUACUUACACAUAUCAGAUCCUGGUGUAUAAAAUAAUCUUCCUGAGGGGUGACUUCUUAUCUAGGGCGUAGGUUUGCAUAGGGACGUUAGGGACAUACCACUACCAAAUUUUCAGGAUGCUCCAAUUGUACCCACCAGCUUUUAAGCAACCUUUUAUUUAAAUUCAUAAGAUUUUUUUCAGAGUCUAGGAAAUUCAGGCACUUCUGGAGCUAUUAUUUUCUAUUUAUGUGAUUCAAUAAACAUGCUAUAGGCAAUCC